AGAAUUCAGUCCUGCAGCCCGGCGAGCUUCCCACCCUGGGCAUCGGGCCGCACAGGGGGCCAUGGCGUGCUGGUCGUGCCCGGUUGGGCAGAGGCUCUUCUCGCUGCUCGCCCUCGUGACCUCGCAGGCGCCCGCGGCGAGGGCCAAGAAGAUGGACUGUGGCGAAGGCGUGCCUCUCUGCGGGAGCCUCGCGCUGGAGAGCGGCCUCGGCCCGGGCGCCUACCACCACGCGGGCUGCGGCGUGCACGGCCUGUGGCCGGCGGUGGGCGAGUACGGCAGCUCGCAGUGCAUAGCGCCCAAGAGCAGCGCAGACGCCACUGGCGUCUACACCUGCUACCAGCAGGCGAACCAGUCGGAGAGCCAGCUCCUGUGGUUCGAGAACCACGAGUGGGAGAAGCACGGGCGCUGCGCUGGCGUUGAUGGCGUCGAUGAUUUCUUCCACCAGAUCUGCGACUUGUCUGCGGCCCCGCUGGCUGCGAUGGGCAAGGCGACAGCGUUCGAAGACAUGGUGGGGGCCCUGGGUCGCGCGGGCCAUCCCAUCUUCGAUGUGGACCGCGAGAAUGACCAGAUUUUCUUGUCUGCAUGCGCAGCGCAGGACGGCCGCUGGAAGCUCGCUGACGCCUCCAAGUUCCAGGAGGUGUGCGGCGGAGGCGCACCGCCUGCCCCCGGGCCGUCGCCGCCUGGCCCUGCGCCUCCGGCGCCAGCGGAGGCGUGCGCGAAGGGGAGGAAGGGCCCAAAGUGCGGGAGCGACUCGGACUGCUCGGGCAUCCAGGGUUGCGUCCGCUGCGCCCACUCGGGCUUCUGCACGGACCAGCCGCUGGCCGAGCUGGUGCAGGGGCUGCUGUUCGCGUGACGGGGUCGCCCAUUGCCUCGUCAGAGGGUGCGCCAGCGACCUCGGCGGCGACUCUAGAGAGUGUUUCUGUUCACGCUCUGGCUGUGAUCUGUCCACGGCGCCGUGCGACUGCCUUCGCGCGACGCCCGGGUGCCCGAGCUGAACACAAUAUUAUAUAUCUCUUUUCUCGCCUGGGGCUCGUGGUCGUUCACGGCCCCCGGCUCCCUGGCGCGCCCGGCCCGGUUCUCCUUCUGGGAGGGCGCCAGCUACUCGGCUACGCGAGAGAGGGUGGCCCUUUGCCGGAGUGGCCUGUGUGUGACGCG